CGGAGUUCCCGCCCCCUUCCCAAUUUACACAUUGCUUAGCGGUACGCGAUGCGACGCUUUCAGGUCUGUUGGUAGCAGGUUUACAAGGGGGCUUGCGGAAGAUAGCCCAGGACUUCGCUCAAGGGUGAAAUGAUUCUUAGCUGGCAGCUUCGCUCUCUCCGACUUUCUCAUCCUCCCUGGCUGACCGCUGGAACCGCGGUUACAGAUUACACAGUGCAGCGGAGAGUUUGUUGCACGACGACCUACCUGCCUAGUACCUACCUACCUAGGUACCUAAUCAAAGCUAUUUGUUUACUUACAUACCCGUUUGGAACGCGGCUGAAUUGGCUCGAGCGAAGUGCCGAGCUAAGUGCGGGAGAGAUGCCUCCAGGUCCCAGUUUGCAAUACGAGCGUUCGCUCUCCCUUCUGUUGGGGAGAGAGGUGAUGUGCGCCGAUAUUUUCGGAUCGGAGGGAGUUACCAAAAUAUGCAGUCCGAGUCUUACCCGAUGCUGCGCCCGACGAGGUGAAGAAUUUCCCAGCUGCCAGGAAUCCCUAGGCAAGGGCUGGUGUUGCGACGGAACCGACCCAGCCGACAACUGCUUCGUCGACCAAUCCUCCGCCUGUGAGGAGCCGGAUUCGGUCCCCUGCGCAAAUCUCGCCGAAGGUACCAGCAAGGCAUGCUGUCCGCGCCUAACAACCUGCGCGGCAGACCACGCUGCCAGCGUGGGAAUGGUGCGCUGCAAUAUGCAGUAUUUUGAUCUCCAGAGAGCUGCUGAAGCGCCGCCGUCGUCGUCGUCUGCGCGGACCACAACAAGCCCGGCAAGCUCCAGCAUAUCUACUUCCAGUACGGGCAGUACCGAACUGUCGACACCUGGGGCGAGCUCAGGCGCGCUACUACCCGCGUCUUCGACCGCGGCGACAAGUAAUGCCGGAGAUGUCCAGCAGACACCGCUUCCGUCGGAUGUGAACUCCCAGGGCCAAGGGACAUCGGAAUUGUCGGCAGGGUUAAUCGCAGGGGCUGCAGUGGGAGGGACGCUGGGGUUCGUGGCGUUAUUGGUGUUGGGGUACUUGUUCUUGCGGAAAUUAUUGAAGUCGAGGCAGCAAAGCGGUCAUCCUCCACCGCCUGGCGCGUCUGAAUCCGAAUCCCAACCGGAAUACGGGCAUCAUGACUAUUCUCAGACGACGAUGGCUCCUGGCCCGCCUGGUUAUGGUCCGACCGAGCUGCCUGGGGCCAAGAUGGAGCCGGUUGAACUGCCAGCUGCGUGUAAACCGAGUGAGUUGCAUUAAUAUUGUAGAGUACGGGACAUUGUUGCAGUGUGUGUAUAUAAGUAAGGUACCCAGUAUAAUUCGUUAUUACAUAGUUCUCGCGCGGGCUUGGAAGGCAACAUAGUAUUGAACCCAGCCUGGCAUAAACACAAUACCA